UUAUUAUAUUUUCUUAUUAACUUCUUUAGGAUGUUGAAAGUAGUUGUAACAUGAAAGACGUCUUUAAACAAUUACAAAAUUGAUUGUUUUGAUAUGUUGUUGAACUAUUAAUCUACUACUAAUAUAUAAUUAUUUAAUAUUUUAUUAUUAUAUUCUUUUUUAUUUUGAAUUCUUAUAAAUAUUUUUGUUGGAUUAUGGUGUAAUUAUUUAUUUUUGUAUGAUUGUUGAAACUCUAGACAGUAAUUAUGAUUUUAUUCUAAUUUUAAUUAAUUUAAAAUUUAUUUUAUUUUAAAAGUGAAAAAAGUGUGAAUGCAAGUCUGGACCCAAGACCCUGUAUGAAUUUGCGCAUGAAUCUCAUUUUUUCAAAUCCAAUAAAUCUAGACCAGAUCCUACCUAAGUAAGACAUCCAAAUUUGGGUUUGAACCCUGUAAAGUUCGAUCCAAAUCUGGCCCAUUACGAUCUAUACAUGUGAGUUCUAUGUAAUUUUAAGGAUAAAUCUAUUCCAAAUUUCCAUAAUUAGUACGGACUACAAUAAUCUAUUCCCCUUUAUAAAAAAAAAAAAAAAUCUAUUCCCCCAAAACGGAAUUGUGUUGAGUCAACCUUUGAAAAUCAAGAAAGGAAAUUACACCAUUCAUAAAAUCUAUUCGACCAUCGCUGCCGUUUCAUUCUUCACGAGCAAUCCAACAAUGGAAAACAAUAAACCCUAUACCUUUUUUCCAAAACAUAAAAAAGAAAAAGAUAAAAGCCAUACUCAUAUGGUAAUUAAGAGAAAUUAAUUCCCAUUUCCCCUAUUUAAACCUCACUCCAUCAUAAUCCACCACCAAAAUAUCCAAAAAAAAAAAAAAACCCAUAGAAAAAAAAAUGGCAAACUUAGCUAUUGCUACACUACUUGUGCUGCUAUGCUUCAUCCUCAACGGCCGCAGCGUAUCGCCUUCAUCUCUACCACCACGAGUAUUCAACGUGAUGGCCUACGGCGCCGUCAACGACGGCACCAGAGACAACAGAAAGGCGUUUGUGGCGGCGUGGAGGGAUGCGUGCGACUACGAAGGGAGAGGUAGGGUCGUGAUUCCCAGAGGCGUCUACGCAUUAGGUUCGGUGAUAUUCGAGGGUUACUGCAGAGGCUCGAUGAGCUUCAUCAUCUACGGAGUUCUCAGAGCUCCCACCGAUCCUCGCUUCUUCCUCACCGACACGUGGAUCGGAUUCCGCUACGUCGACUACCUCACCGUCAAGGGCGGCGGCUACUUGGACGGCCAGGGCCAUGUUGCAUGGGGCUAUAAUAACUGCAAGUCCAACCCUAACUGCAACCCUCUUCCCGCCACAAUGAGGCUUGAUUUCGUGAGAAACUCAUGGAUCCACCAUCUCCGAUCCAUCAACAGCAAGAACACACACUUCAGCAUCUUCGCAUGCCAGAACCUGACCCUCAGCAACGUCAGGCUCGACGCCCCCGCCGACAGCCCCAACACCGACGGAAUCCACAUCGGCUCCUCCGCCAACAUCCGCAUCCUCAACUCCGCCAUCCGCACCGGCGACGACUGCAUCAGCAUGGUCUCGGGCUGCCGCGGCGUCGAGGUCGCCGACGUCCGCUGCGGCCCCGGCCACGGCAUCAGCAUCGGCAGCCUCGGCCGCAGCCACGCCGACGAGCCCGUCUCCGGCAUCUCCGUCCGCAACACCACCUUCGUCGGCACCGACAACGGCGUCCGCAUCAAGACGUGGGCCCCCUCCCUCGCCACCUCCGCCUCCAACAUCACCUUCCAGGACAUCAAGAUGAUGUCCGUCGCCAACCCCAUCCUCAUCGACCAGGACUACUGCCCCAUGCCGCCCUGCUUAGAGGGCGAAUCGGCCGUGCAGAUACAGGACGUGCUGUUCAAGAACAUAUGGGGCACGUCGAACUCCAAAGUCGCCGUGAAGCUGCAGUGCAGCGGCGCUCGGCCGUGCAAGAAUGUGAGGCUCGUCGACAUCGCCUUGCCGUACAGUGGCCGGAGAGGGACUACCAUGGCUCUCUGCGUUAAUGUCUUGGGCACUUCUUUUGGAACUCAAAUCCCUUCUGGAUGUCUAUAGAUUCUAAGGCUGCAUCACAGAAUUUUUUUUUUGCUAUGGACUCCUAACUCCUUUAUGCUUUAAUUUUUUUUGGGAAUUAUCAUGUAAAUUUGGACUGCAUCUAUACAGUAAAGAACCUCCUCUUGAUUAGGGUUUUGU